UGGUCGAGUUGGCAUCUUUCUUUAGAACCACUUACAAAGAGUUAAAAACAAGUCAUUAUCGGUCUUUGAUCUUUCUUUCUGGCUUCAAACUCAUUGCAAUCAAAUCGAAUCAAGGAUACGGCAUUAAUUCUCUCACAAAACAACUUAUAUGCUUUUCAUUCUGAUAGUAAAUUGAGAGAUCGAUCGAGUUCAUCAAUUGAACAAAUGGGUCACAGAAAUUCAAGACUCAAAAGAACUCAAGUUCUAGAUGAUUCUGAAGUAGCUGACAGUGUAAAUGAUGUGAUAGAGAACUACUACUAUAUUGAUGGGACUAAGUGUAAGACUACACCUAAAUCAAAACCCAAGAAGGCCAAUGAUUUUUCUGAGAAGACAAGGAGUUUUAAAGAUAAAGUCCUGCGUAGGGUAUUUUCUGAGGACUAUGAGAAGGAGAAGAAAAGGAUACUGGAUCCUAGUGGAAAAACCAUUAGCAACUGGAACAAGAUUUUCUCAAUCGCUUGUCUAAUUUCUUUAUUCGUGGAUCCAAUGUUUUUAUUGUCACCUAUAAUGAGAGACGAAGUCUGCUUAACUAAUGCAACGAGUCUCCAAGUUGUCCUCACCAUCGUAAGGUCUGUGCUUGAUGUGUUUUAUGUGAUUCAGAUCAUUGUUCGGUUUCAUACAGCUUAUGUAGCACCUUCUUCACGUAUAUUUGGAAGAGGAGAGCUAGUCAUAGACCCUUCAAAGAUUGCAAUGAGGUACCUUCGAAGAGGUUUUUGGAUGGACCUCUUGGUUUCCCUGCCACUUCCUCAGGUGUUAGCUUGGGUAGUCAUACCCAAUGUUGAGGGUACUGUCGUGACAAUAAGAAAAAAAGCCAUGUGGUUCAUCAUGCUAAUCCAGUAUCUCCCUAGGGUGCUUCACAUCUAUCCUCUCUCGUCGCAAAUUGUUAAUACAACUGGUCUUUUGUCAGAAACAGUAUGGACAGGAGCUCUUUAUAACCUUGUGCUUUACCUAGUGGCAAGCAAUGUUUCAGGAGCUUGGUGGUACAUUCUAGCAAUUGAGCGACAAGAAGCAUGUUGGAGAAGUGUGUGCAGCCUUGAGUCACCGAGUUGUCAAAAUGUAUACUUUGAUUGCCGUAGUGUUAAUGACGUUUCUAGGGCCAAUUGGUUCAACUCGACAAAUGUCACAAAUCUAUGCAAUACAAAUGCAAGUCCUAGCUAUUAUCAGUACGGUAUAUUUGGAGAUGCAGUGACCACAGAUGUUGUAGCCGCCCAAUUCUUCACCAAGUACUUCUACUGUCUCUGGUGGGGUUUAAGGCAGCUAAGUUCUAUAGGAAAUAAUAUGUUUACAAGUACUUCCAUGGGAGAAGAUGUUUUUGCCCUCGUUGUUGCCACCCUUGGGCUGUUUCUAUUAGCACUGCUCAUUGGAAAUAUGCAAAGAUUCCUUCAAUCAGCAACAUUGCGAUUGGAAGAGUGGAGGAUCAUGAGAACUGAUACAGAACAAUGGAUGAAAUAUAGACAGAUGCCUCCAGAACUAAAGCAGCGUAUUCGACAAUAUGAUCAAUACAAGUGGUUGGCUACUAGAGGGGUUGAUGAAGAAAAAAUUCUCAAUAGCCUCCCUACGGAUCUCCGGAUAAAGAUCAAGCGCCAUCUCUGCCUCUCUUUAGUUCGAGGAGUUCCGCUGUUUAAUCAAAUGGACGAAACAAUGUUGGAUGCAAUAUGUGAGAGGCUUAAGCCUGCAUUAUGCACCAAAAACAUGUUCCUUGUGCGUGAAGGUGACCCUGUCAAGCAGAUGCUUUUUAUAAUUCGAGGCCACCUUUGGUCUUACACCACAGAUGGUGGCCGCUCUGGGUCCUCCAACUCAUACAGGAUUGGCUCAGGCGACUUCUGCGGUGAGGAGCUACUGACAUGGGCCUUGGACCCACGUCCAAAUGUCAUCUUUCCAUCAUCCACACACAUGGUGAAAGCUAUAACUGAAGUUGAGGCGUUUGCUCUAGGAGCAGUGGACUUAAAAUUUGUGGUAUCACAAUUCCGAAGGCUGCAUGGAAAACAACUUAAACACAUUUUUAGGGUCUACUCUCACCAGUGGCGAACAUGGGCAGCAUGUUUUAUACAGGCAACGUGGCGUAGGCAUAAAAAGUUGAAGGAAAUGGCUGAAAUUGGAGCUAGGGAGCGAGGACGAGCCCCAAGGGAUUACUUUUGGAUGAGGUAUGCAGAAACACUACUGGAGAGCAGUAGAAGUAUGAAGGUUGUCAACAACUCCGCUGAAUCAAGUUCCAGUGAUGUCAACUUGCUACAAAAGCCUGCAGAGCCAAAUUUUGAUUGAAGUGUACAACACAAACUCUGGAUAUGGGCUUCACACUAGUAACUAGUAAGCUAUUUGUGUACCUUGUCUCACUUUUUUUUCCCUCUUUAUGUUGUGUAGAUGAAUUUAUUCAAACCAGAACAGCAGUGAAAACAAGUACAUAAAAAGCAUAUGUAGUAAUUGUAUACCAAAUUACCAAUCAAUUAAGAAUAUUAACAGUAUUGAUCGCAUUAUUGCUAUUAGGAUUUUGCAUUGGCUAAUUCCAUGACAAAUAUUUGUAAUU